UUCAGGAUAACAUGAGGGGCAAAAUUUUGGUUGAAAGAGUAUUUCGUGGGAAGAAUUGCGGAGUGGCGAAUAUCUCCAAAGCUGCAUACAAAACUGACUUCCGUUUGAUACAUAAACAUGAGGAGGCCAAAUAUUUGGAAGCAUAUCAAAGAUGUGUUAACACUUCUCGCGAGCGGAAGAUCUUUCCACGCACUAUGGAGAUGCCUCCUCUUCUUAAGUUUGUAGCAAAAAGGGAAGGACAUGCCUCGGAUGUACUACAGAUUAAAAUGGCUAACAAAAAUAAUAAUAGUCGUGUUGCUGAAGAAGGAGAAGAACCCAAUGUUGAGGUAUCCAUUGGACUAACUACUCACACAGCCCACAGCUGUAUGAAGGUGUAUUUUAAGUGCUUCUUUUCAUAUUGGAAUACUAUUUAAUUUAGAUAUUUUGUAAAAAUAAUGUAGUAUAUGAAUUUUACUAUUGUAUCAAAAC